AUGCAGCGCCAUGCAACCCCUAACCCCAAACCCAUAAAAAUCGACCACUUACUGCAAAUGUUUGCUUUCUGCCAACAAACCUUCUUCACCUUCAAUGGCAGAACAUACGAGCAGAUCAAAGGAACGCCGAUGGGUUCGCCAAUAUCCAGCCUGGUUGCAGAACUAGUCCUGCAGGAACUGGAAAAAGUCGCCUUCGAUCACUAUGAACCUGCAUUUUGGCGCCGGUACGUGGACGACACGUUCGUCAUAAUUGAAAGGAGCAGACUGGCCGACUUCCAAGACCUGCUCAACGGCAUCUUCCCAGACAUCCAGUUCAAAAGGGAAGAAGAGCAUGCCGAACAGCUGCCUUUCCUUGACGUUCUCGUCACACGCACACCCAACGGCGAACUCAACACCACGGUGUACAGAAAGGCGACUAACACGACUCAGAUUCUCAACUACCACAGCAACCACCCAGUGGCGCAUAAACGCAGCUGUGUUAGGACACUCUUCCAGAGGGUAAAAACGCACUGCAGUGAACCAGAGGAAUGGAUACCCGAACAGCUUCGUCAGCCGCUGCCUCCGCACGCGCUCACGGCGAACAAACGGAGGAGAGCCACCAACACUCUGGCACCCUCUGCCAUAUAUAAAGAACGUAUCCGAAGCGAUGGAACGUAUCGCUGGAGAGCUCGGCGUGGGUAUCGCUCACCGUCCGACAGCGACCAUGCGAAGCAAAAUCAUGCAAGUGAAGGAUCGCCUAGACGUGGGUGA